AUGGCCAGGCUUAACGACUUUCUAUUGUCUUGUUUUUCCUACGGGACCGUGACGCUUAGUGUGUUCCUGUAUGUGCCGUUCAAGAUGAGUAAGAAGCUGCACGAAGCGUUCUUCGCGCGCUUAGUCUACCCCCUGGCGAUGUACUUUUCGGGAGACCGAUUGACUGCGGUACGCCGUCAUGGGGUGUCCCAACUAGACGACCUGGUGUCUCACGACGGCACGCUCAAGAAGGAGGGCACCAUCAGGGUCCUGGAGAUCGGCACCGGCUUCGGCGCCAACUUUGAGUACAUGCAGCGGAACGUUAAAUACUGGAGCUUAGACCCUAACGCGGAGUUCGACUACGGAUUGCGGAAGAACCUGAAAAAGAACCCGAACGUAGAAUUGGAGCGCUGCGUUCACGAGUACGCCGAAGACAUGCGAGGAGUUCCCGAUGACCACUUCGACGCCGUGCUAAUGACCUUUGUACUUUGCUCCGUAACCGAAGUGAGGAAGGUCCUCGCUGAGUGCAAGAGGGUCCUGGCCAAGGGCGGCAGGUUGGUAUUCGUGGAACACGUGGCCUAUCCAGAAGGGACCUGGGGCUUUCUAAUACAGACGCUGGUCAAUCCGCUGUGGUCUUUCACCUUCCUUGGAUGCCACAUAAACAGGAGACCGGAGCGCCUGUUCAAGGAUGCAGGCUUCGACCAGAUCGAACUCAAUCGAGUGUUUCUCUCUAUGCCUGGAGUGUUGAGUCCCGCCGUGUACGGCUGCGCCGUUGUAGUCAAAGACUGAUCCUGUCGGCACGUACGCUUUUUCUUUUUUUACAGAUGCUGGAGCUAGUUCUGCACGAAAAACAGUGUUAGUGGUUGCGCGUCACAUGUAACGAGGUUACUCGAUUCUUUUUUGGUAACGUAGCAACAUAUUCGUUACGCUUUUUUUUGUUUUUUCAAAACAUUGACGCAUAACAUACUCACGUUUUUUUUAUUUACAGUGAUGGGUAACGCAGUUAGGCUCCUCGUUUAAUGUUUUUGCCAAGACUUCAAAAUUAAUACACUUCUUGUUUUAGGAGCCAAGUCAUGUAUUCUCGCACUCAUCCCACAAACCUUGAAAGCAUUGCCUCUCUUUUACAGCGAUAGCUGCUAUGGGCUCUUGCCACCACUUUAUAUGACGUCCGUCGUCGAUGUAGUAGCAGUAGUUGCAGCUGUUGAUGUAGUAGUUGUAGUUGUUGUAGUUUGAGAUGUAGGGCAUCCGUCGUCGAUGUUGUAAAAUCCUUAAGAAAGAAGAGGAAGGUUUACGAACUCAGGUAAUCCAGAGCUUUUUUUUUUUUCUUCGUGGCCAAUUUAGACGAAAUGACUAAGCGCAUAGGCAUACACACAAGUACAGGCUAUUUUAUAGCGAACCGGUCACUUAGCGGCGGACGACAAUACAGUCGAUAUUUUUUAAACACGCCAAUUACUCAAGUACUGGCAACCAGUCAGGGGUAUCAUGUAGCGCACAGUAACCCUCGCGCAUAAACGUUACGGUUUCAAUUAAAAUGUUUUUUACUGUUCGAA